AUGCACAAAAGCUCAACAGACAAUCAACACGGGUCUUACAACAGUUCGGCAUCAUUGAAACUAUUAGACUGUUAUAACAACUCAUCUGCAAGUCAGCAUCAGAACGGCUCGUUCAACAGGAAAACAUCAGUAAGUGUUGACGAGACCUUCAAGAAGCCAUUUUCCAGCAAACAUAGAGCUUACAACAACGUUUCGGCGCCACAUCUGGGGAGGUCGUAUAGCCCAUUCACCAAUAACAGUGCAUCCUACAAUCUUAAGCAACAUGAUGGCUCGCAGGAUUCCGACUCUUUGUGUGACAUUAUGCCCCCAGUUCUACCUUCCCCUGAUAUUUCGCACCUCACAAGUGAAGAACUCGAUAUACUAAAACGGGUUUUCAAGAGAGAAGAGAUGUUUGAGAGAGAUGAGGAGGAACGACUCAGGGAGAUGGAACGCAGACUUGAGACGUAUGAACACACCGUUCGGCAGCAGGCUACCGGGAAGGGCAAGGUUAAACAUAUGGACCUACGUCUCUGCCGUCUCUGCCACGAGACAAAAUUCGCAGAUGGAGUCGGAAGGGUUUGUCAUGAUUGCCGUCGAAGGGUGUGUUUAAGAUGCGGCUCUUGCGAAACUCCUAAAGGGAGUCCUCGAAAACAAAAGAAUGUCAGAGGCAAGUGGCGGUGUAACAUUUGUCAACUUAAACUUAAGUUUGUAUGUCAAAGCGGGAAAUGGUUCCACGGAAACAAAUCGGCGUCCAUGGUGAACCAUCCGAUCAGAAACAAGAUUCAGUUCCACGAUGCAGAUACUUCGGAUACUGAUAAUCAAACAAGUGUAGAUUCUUCGUCACUUUUUUCUGCAUCAGAAAUAUGCACUGAUUCAGAGCAGCGUAAAUUUAAUAGGGCUGUUUCAAUGAGUGGUUCCAAAAACAUGCAGAACCGGAACAGACGAAGGAGCGGUUCACUAAUACCUCGUUCUUCGCCAUCAGACAACGAUAGUGAAACAGAUGAUUCUGUUGAACGAGCCAGAGCGCAUGUGAAACAAAAGCGGACUCAACGUCGUAACAGUUCACGCCGGAAGUCUCUAAAACAGAGACAGCUAUUAACGGAUGUCCCUGAUCAGGAUAAUAAGUAUAAUGGUGAUUUAACAUCCGGGUAUGUUGUGAAUGGCGGGAAUAUUAGUCCAUGUGCUCAUCUUCAUUCUAUGCAACGUCUCAAUGUGUCGAGUGACCUCGAAAACAGGGUUAGACGGCAUUCGGACGAGUCCGUCCGCAGUGGCUCGGUGUCUGUGUAUUUCAAACCUGAUGACUCACAAACGGAAACAACAUCGUCAAAAAGGAGUAGCAUCACACGACCUAAUCCCAGCAACUGUGGUUUUAGUCAUAUGCAAGCGGGUCUGACGCGUGAUUCGUGGGGCUACGGUCUUCAGCCAUCGCAGCAAAGUCCACCACUCAUUAGCUCCGGUCACCGUAGGUCCAUGCCGGGAUUGAUUCCGAGGUCUACUCCAAACACUCUGACGGUGGAUGACGGAAACAGCCCGAGUGUGCGCAGGCGCCACUCCCAUAACAUUUCAAACUCAGGUGUUCUCGGGUUUAAGUUGGAUGGGAAGCGAUUUUCUGUGGAUCAGCAUACUUCGGGGCACAAAAUUAAACAAACCUACCUAAUGCCACCGGAAAGCCCCGCCGCGCGAUGUCGAAGGUGGUCCUCAGAUUCCGGGUCAUCUCGCAGAUCCUCUGGGAACAACGAAACAGCGGAGAGUACCGAUUGGAAUGAGGAUAUCAAAAGACAAGAAUACCUAGCCUCUUUAAAAUCAAGAGAUGUGUUAUUAUACCGAGACAAGAACGACCAGAAUUGUCGAUGCAAUGGUCUUGGUAUGCGUGUGGUUGGAGGCCAGUGUCGCUUUGGCAACAGACUUGGUGCUUUCGUAACGUAUGUAGACACAGAUGGACCAGCGGACUCCUACGGUAUUCUAGAAGGAGAUCAGGUGCUUAUGUGGAAUGGUAAAUCCCUAGUGGACACGACGUUCGAGGAGACAAAGAGGAUAGUCAAUCAAUCUUCAGAAAUCGUCCAAUUGGUUGUCGUCCAUCAUGAAGAAAAUUAUGGUAUGGUGGAUAUAACAGAAACAGCAGAGUAUACAGAACAAGAGAGCAUUCCUUCCAUCGUCCAGCCCAUUCCCUUACCGCCGUCUGUGUUGUCAUUAAAUAAACCGAAACGACGGAUGCUACCCAAGACACCGAUUGAAAUGAAAAAGGACGAACGAUUGGUGAGUGGAAAACUACAGAUGAGCGUGUCCUACUCAGAGGAAGCAGAGUGUUUGUCGGUGACACUAGUACAGGCAGACGAUCUCCGACCUCCCGGGCAGCUUGAGCUGUCCGUCAUUAAUCCAACAGCACUUGUGCACCUCCUCCCAGGCAGGGGUUUCUAUCCUCCUUAUGAAACGAUUCCACAAUUCAACACCUCAUCACCACGUUGGAAGGAGACAUUCAACAUACUCGAAAUCAGCGCAUCUGAGGUAAAUGACAAGUCUAUAGAAAUAACGCUGUGGAACAAACAACAUGCAGAAAACAUGUUCCUGGGGGAAGUGCUUCUAGAUCUCGUGGAUGCCAACACGACAGAUGAGAUUAUGACGUACGAUCUCGAGGAUCAUGACGAGAACAGCUCACCCCUACCGCGUAGACGAAGGAAGGAAUCUGACGUCACAACGACCAGCCAAAUAAGUCCCUUGACGCCAACGAUAGAUACGUCCAGCAAUUGGUCAACUAGUCCCAGCCACGUGUCCAAUCAAAAUUUAAACACUGAAGGCAGACAGAGCGCAGACGAAAGAAAUUCGCGGUAUUCCCCAUUACAAACUAGACAUUCACUACCACGAAGUGGCAGUUUUAGUGCAAAGAUGAAAAGGAGGAUGGCAGUGGCUGUGUCAAGGAUGUCAUCAACGUUUUCAAGCGGUGAACGACGCAUGAGUUUACAGGAGGAUAAGAUAGCAACCAUGGGUACACCCAGCCCCGAUGCCAUGCUGGAUUAUCUAGUGCCCCCCAUUCCCAUAUCGCCGAGACACUCGGAUGAGCUGUCCAAAGGACAACUUUCAGAUAUCAGCAACAGCGCGCGUUCAUGUAGUGAAACAGGAGCAAGCAUGUAUGACAACAACUCAGAUAUUGACGAAAGGAGAAAAAGAUUUGGGUCGACCUCUCCAGAUCGGCCAGCUCCAGACGGAGAUGAUAUUACUUCAAUGCUUGGUCCAGCUCAAGUACCACCCAAACCAUCAUCAGAGCAAUCGGUGUGUGGAGAUGUCCGGCUCGGCCUAAUGGUGACCCAGGGUAAACUGGAAAUCGACAUCAUCUGUGUGACAGGACUUCUCCGAGACAGUGAAAAUGCACCUCCAGAUACGUAUGUAAAGACUUAUCUCGUAGAGGGAUCAAAGGUCAUUCAAAAGAAGAAAACCUCUACGGUUAAAGCGUCAUAUGAACCGACAUUUCAUCGAAAAAUCAAAUAUUCUGCUUGUAAUAUCCAUGGAAGACAUAUAAAGGUGAAGAUUUGGGCAAGACAAGGUGCUUUUGAUAAGAAGUUGUGUCUUGGAGAGACUGUGAUCAAGCUGGACGGACUGGACCUCAGUCAACAUACACACACCCUAAGUUGGUACAAGCUGUUUCCUCAGGGAGCCACAGACUUCAGUUCUAACGAAUCUCUCAGUUUUUGAUCGAAAAAUUAGCAAUUUACUCUAUUUUUCUCUACAAUAUAUUUUUCAUUCACAUUAUAUUUUUAACUACUUCCCACAUUUAUAUCGUUGGUGCAUUUGAAUCGUUGUGUAUAGUGCUUAGUGGUUAAAGUAUUUGCCUAAUUAAAUGGUAUUGCAGACCACCCUAACACAAUGGACUGAGGUACCGGGAACUUGAAUUGAUAUGCUUACAUGUUUAUUAAGCGUUUUUACUGUUAAAUUUCUUUAUAUUAGCCUAAUUAUUCGGAUAUAUAUAUAUUAUAUAUUGUUCUAAGCUAAACACACGGAGAAACAUUUAUAUGUCAUACUUUAGAUUUAUUUAUUUAUCUUAGCCAAACAUUUGAAUCACCUGAAGAGCCCCAAGAUGAGGGAAAGAACGGUAUUUGUUUUACUGCUGUCACUUUUCUUUCUAUAUAAUUAUUAAAAUACAAAUCACUUUAAAUGGCUCAACACUAUUUACGUGUUAAAACUCAUAAUUUGUUCAAAUGGCGUUGAAGAAUGAAUUCUGUCUCAAGUCAGUGCUAGUCUUUAAGUUGUUAAAGUAAUGGAUUCAAAACGGACACGUGUACCUAAAGUUCAAAAUGGACACGUGUACCUAAAGUUCAAAAUGGACACGUGUACCUAAAAUUCAAAACGGACAUGUGUACCUAAAAUUCAAAACGGACACGUGUAUCUAAAGUUCAAAACGGACACGUGUACCUAAAAUUCAAAACGGACACGUGUACCUAAAGUUCUAAAUCCAUUACCCGUUAUACCAGAUGUCAGUCUAUAAGGUGAACUGCAUAAUAAAACUGGUAAUUUGUAACAGCAUUGCUGAAACAGAAUUUAGUAAUAUCCGAUUUUUUUACGUGUGUUCAUUUCAUCACAUGUUAUUGAGUAAAAAAUAGGAUUGAACAGCAGGUUAGGCCUAUAUAAGUUCUCUCCUUAGGUUGACAUGACAAAAACAAA